AUGAUUCCAGCCGUAUCCGGAUGUGGAACCUACAUAGCUUUGGUCAAGGCUGCAGAGCUCCAGAUUCACAUGCUACUGCCGUCCAAGCUUUUUCGAGACUUCAAUCUUAGCCAAUGCUUCAUAGAGCAUAGAUCCAAUCUCAAUUAUCCUCCCCAUAGACCUCCUAUCACUGUCCAUAGCCUUGAAUGGGAGGAUCCCGUCGAAGACAAAUGCGGCAAAAUUGCUGUUCAUGCCUCUGAUGCGUCGUUUCACUUAAUCCUCGUGUUUGACUUCACAGGGGAUUCACCAGUGGUGAUCGAGGUGGAAAGCGAAGGGAUAUCUCACCUUCAGUGGAUUCCUGGCGCCUCAGUUGAGGGAAGUUACUCCAACUGCUCUCAACUUGCGGUGUUCUCUGAAUUAGCAACGGAAUUACGUAUUUAUUCGCUCGACUGUACUGUGGUUGAGUUUACCCUUCCAAAACCAAUUUCUAACAGUCUUAUACUACGACCUGGCGACCAUCGAACAUGGUCAGUGGUUGCAGCGCCUUACUACGAGAAGAAUCUGGCCAUGAGGUUGAAUCUGGCUGAUUCAUCGCGCCAAUACCCGUCACUUCUCCAUUUUUUUAAUAAUGGGUCUACCAGUGAUGUUUUAGCAAGCUUGCAACUCGAUUUUUCACCUAACGAAUCAGCCAGCUUCACGUGGUCACCUUCUGGAAAGUGGCUACUGUACUUCGACGAUUCUAUCUCGGGCUAUAACUUGAAGGUAUACAAUUCUCUUGGUAUACAUAGCCAACAUAUUUCAUCUGUGGCUACACAUUUAGCUCGGCCAACCUUGGAAUAUUCCAGUGGCACCAAUGAAUUAGCCACGGAAUGGAUACCCACUUGGGGCUCCAUAGAGGGUGUUGAGUAUGUUGCUGUUGCUCCUCAGCUGGCACUGAGAUUGGUACAUUUGAAAGCAUACGCAAUAAAUGAGGUUUCAGCCACGAGGCGAUUAUCCACAGAUCUUUCUUUGGGCACGAAUUGGGUACUUCAAACAGACUCAGAAGGUUCGGGCUCUUACAAACGACACAAAGGAGCACUCCUGCUCGGAGGGAAAUGGAGGACGUUUCAAACGGUAGGGCAGAAACUACUUUUGGCGACAGACAACUUCGUGGCAAUUCUUCUGGUGAAGAUCGCGAAUCCAUUGCAUUUUGAAGUAGAGUGUACUGCAAGUGCCUCCCUGAUGUUUCUCCAGGCUUAUCUGCUAAGUGAUAUGGAAACAGCUGUGGUGUUCAGCGACAAUCUUGCGCUAUUAACUCCACAGGGGGCACGAGUUCUAGCCACAAGCAGGUACAGAUUUAAGAAAGCUCAUUUUCUUCUGGAAACUGAUUCGACGACCAUCACGUUGAUCGAGGAAACCCCCAGUGGCCCUGUUUGGAGGCAGAUUAUUCAUCGCGACACCACAGAUUCCAACGACGACUCAAAUUUGGAAAUUAUGAAGCAGUUUGACUACAAGGAAGAAAACAGCAAGGUGGUAAAAUUAAUGAAGGAUGUCCAACGUCGAGAAUGGGGUAUCGAGAAGCGUAAGCCGGAAGAUAUCACUGAUACUUUCCAUUUAACCAGCAAGAGAAGACGGAGUGCUGGGGCCCUCUGA